AUGCGCGCAUUCGUGGUCAAGGAAUACGCCCACCCCUCCAAGGUUCCCCUGAGCCAAGAUGCACCAGAGCCCAAGCCAAAGGACGACGAGGUUGUCGUGGAGGUCUUCAGCGCUGGGUUGAACUACUACGACAUCCUUCAAGCGCAGGGCAAGUACCAGAAUCAGCCGCCGUUCCCGUUCACGCUGGGCUCCGAGUUCGCCGGGCGGAUCGCGGCGGCCUCGCCCAUUCCGAAGGGGUGCCCCUUCAAGCCGGGCGACAAGGUAUUCGGCGCGCACCUGCUCCCACUGCCCGCCACCAUGACAUACGACCAGGGCGCAGGACUCGUCGGACGUGCCGAGUUGAAACCAGGUGAAUGGGUGCUUGUCACAGCAGCUGCGGGUGGUGUAGGCAUCGCCGCUGUCCAACUGGCAAAAGCAUUGGGCGCAAAGGUGAUCGCCGCGGCAGGGUCGCAGGAGAAGAUUGACGUCGCGGUGCGGUACGGAGGUGCUGACCACGGCGUGAACUAUGGCCAGCCGAACUGGCAGAAGGAAGUGCUCAAGCUCACGGGUGGCAAGGGCGUGAACAUCGUUUACGAUCCUGUCGGCAUGAUCAGAGAUUCCCUGAAAUGCAUUGCGUGGAAGGGUCGCGCUGUGGUCGUAGGCUUCGCAGCAGGCCAGAUCGAGAAGCUACCACUUAACCUCGUCCUGCUCAAGAACAUAUCGAUCGUCGGCAUACACUGGGGCGCAUACUCAAUUCAUGAGCCACAGCACAUCCCAGAAGUCCACAAGGCCAUCAACGAUUUGCUCUCCUCGGGUCGAGUGAAGCCCGUAGUGUACACCGAAGUCUUCCCUCUCGAGAGGUUAGCGGAUGGUCUCCAUCUCCUUGAGCAACGGAAGACGUGGGGCAAGGUCGUCGUGCGCAUCCGGGACGAGAAGUCGGGCGAGCGAGCCAAGUUGUGAUGUGGCUUCUCUCCGUGGUCAUGUUCAAGCCCCAGUCUCUGUCAUAGUGUGAGACGCGCGACAGCUAGUAUAUAACAGGAUGUAGUGGUCAGUACUGCGCCUGUGUAUUGUUUAUCUAUCGGAAGACUCGUGACUGCACGCAAUGGUGCCCGUUAAGAUGGAAGCGAAGAUCG